CGAUCAAUGAAGUCCUUAUACGGAAAGCUUGCUACAAAGCUAAUUCCUCAUUUCCUUGGUACUUAUCGUUCAUGCGAAACAAUUGGACCAGGUCGAGCCAGGUGUUUUGCGAUGACGGAGAAUUACUCCAGCCUAACUGUGUAUCAUUUUAAAGUCGCAAGUGGAUUGAGUCUCAUGUCAAAUUCCGUUUGCCACUGAUCCAAUGUAGUUUACAUUUCAGACAGUCGAUAGUUAGUUAUAAGAGUACUUCGCCAUUUGCUUUUACCCGCCAAUUGUACCAAAGAGUAAAAACAUUUGCAUAUACAGUACCAAAGAAAUUAUCUUCCUAUCAGGGUUUAUUGAAUUAGUUUAUGUAUUUCAGAAGAAAGAAAGUAAAAACAGCAGAUUUAUUUUACCCCUCUUCCGCAGAAAUGGAUUAAGGGACAGAGAGGAAGAUACGUUUGCACCGAACAGGCAUAUUCACAAUGAAUUCUACCGAACAAAAACUGCAUGGUAUUGGCGGUGUAGAAAACGACAAAGAUGUAACCCAAACGUGCCGGUGUUGUCUUCCACUACGCUAUGUCAUCGGGAUUUUUCUCAUGUUUGGCUUUACGAAUGUUUACGCUAUGCGAGUUAACCUCAGCGUAGCUCUGGCUGUUAUGGUUGGUAAUCAAACACUCAUGAAAGGUGGCAUGGAAAUAGAGGAACCCGCGGAGUUUUCAUGGGGAACUAAAACUCAAGGAUUCAUUCUCAGUGCGUUCUAUUUCGGCUACAUUGUUGUGCACUUACCUGGAGGAUAUUUGGCAAGAAAACAUGGCGGCGCUACAUUGCUUGGUCUGUCUGUUGGCGCCACAGGGAUCCUUACCCUUUUCACACCUCUUGCUGCAAAGACCCAUGUGGGAGUGUUCAUUGCACUGAGAAUUGCUGUAGGAUUUGCCGAGGGUCCUGUUUAUCCCGCCGGUCACGCUUUUUGGAGUAAAUGGGCGCCCCCCUUGGAAAGAAGUAAACUGGCAACUUUAAACAUAGCGGGGGGUAUUUUAGGUAUAAUAAUGUCCAUGUUUCUGUCUGGAUACAUUGCUUUUCAUUUUGGUUGGUCUUGGAUUUUCUAUGUCUUCGGUAGUAGUGGUCUUAUCUGGUCGAUUCUUUGCCUCUGUUUGGUUAGUAACUCACCUUCACAACAAAGGUGGAUGUCAAGAGAAGAAGCAGAAUAUAUUCAAUUUAGCUUAGCAGGAGAUUUACAAAGUCAGGAUGUACCGAUUCCUUGGAAAGCAAUCUUCACCUCUCUUCCAUUCUGGGCCAUUAUCGUAACGCAUUCUACGCAUUCGUUUGGCUAUUACAUGCUGAUAUCAGAACUUCCUUUAUUUUAUACACAACGACUUCACCUUGAUCUUAAACAGACUUGGACUGCAUCGUCCUUACCUUACGUGGUCACACUGAUGAUGUUAAUCCUUGGUGGUCAAAUAGCUGAUUAUCUUCGCAAGCAUCAUCUUGCAACCGGAACUGUGAGAAAGAUCUUCAAUACAAUUGGUUUCCUUAGUGAGGCUAUAUCGUUCUUAGUACUAGGCUAUUUUUCAAAUGCCACCACUGUUGCAGUACUGAUCACAAUAGGAGUGGGUCUCGGCGGACUGGCUCGUAGUGGAUUCUAUGUGAAUCAUCUCGAUAUUGCCUCACCUCUCGCUAGUGUCUUACUUGGCAUAACAAACACAGCAGCAUCAUCGGCUGGAAUCUUAGCCCCUAUCGUCACUGGAUUAAUUGUUCAACACCAC